AUGGCGAAAGACGCCCAGAAUGAGCAUUUUGGCACAUGGCGGACUGAUCCCACCGGUCAUGUCGCCAAGGAUCCCAACGGCGAUGACAAGACAGACUACUCCAGGUGGAGGUUGCAAGACAAUGACGGUCGCUUGACCUGGGUGUACCUUCAAUCCGACGAAGAAGCAAAGAGCUGGCCUCAGACUAUUUAUGACAAAUACCACCUUGGGCUUUCAACAGAAGCACCUGAGCUUCCAAAAGCAAAAUCUCCUUUACAAGCUGCUGGAAAUGCAUUGGAUUUUUUUUCCAAAUUGCAAAUGCCAACUGGACACUGGGCCUGUGAGUACGGUGGUCCCAUGCUUCUAUUGCCCGGUGUAGUCAUCGUUUGGUAUGUCACCAAGACCCCGAUACCUCCAGAGUAUGCCGCAGAAAUCAAGAGAUAUCUUUUUGCACGGCAGAAUCCAGUUGAUGGAGGGUGGGGCUUGCAUAUCGAAGGCCAUAGCUCUGCCUUUGGUACUUCGAUGAACUACGUUGUUCUCCGCCUUCUCGGCGCUAGUGAGGAAGAUCCCCGUGUCAUCAAAGCGCGAGGAUGCCUUCACAAAUUAGGUGGCGCCCUAUAUGCAACUCAUUGGUCAAAGUUUUGGCUUGCAGUUCUCGGUGUCAUGGACUGGGAUUGCGUCAACCCUACGCCGCCUGAAAUUUGGUUGCUCCCUGACUGGGUGCCUAUUGCUCCCUGGCGAUGGUGGAUCCACAUACGUAUGGUGUUUCUCCCAAUGUCCUACGUGUGGUCGAAGAAAUGGAGCUACCCUCAAGAUGAAUUGACAAAGCAACUCAAGUCUGAGCUCUAUACACAGCCUUAUGAGACUAUUGAUUUUUCGUCCCACCGCAACUCAAUCGCCGCUGAAGACAACUACUAUCCAAAAACCUGGAUUCUCAACACCCUCAACUGGCUGCUGGUGACCGUUUAUACUCCUGUCCUCCGUUUGUCCUCAUUGGUAAAAGCCGCAGAAGAUUGGGUGUGGGAAUUAGUGCAGAUGGAAGACAAAAAUACCGAGUAUGCCGGGCUGGCUCCUGUCAGUAAUCCGAUGAAUUUCCUCGUAUGCUACAUUCACGACGGCGAAGGAAGCUACUCUGUUCGGAAACACCGUGAAACCCUGCAUGAAUAUUUAUGGAUGACCAAAGAGGGUAUGCUUUGCAAUGGCACCAACGGCGUCCAAGUCUGGGAUACAGCAUUCAUCACACAGGCUGUCGCAGUGGCUGGUUUCGCAGAGGACCCUAAAUGGCGACCAAUGCUUACCAAGGCUCUUGAAUUUCUGGAUAAUCACCAACUGCGCGAGAACGUGCCAGACCAGGAAAAAUGCUACCGUCAACACAGAAAAGGAGCAUGGCCUUUUAGCAACAAGGUUCAAGGCUACACCGUGAGUGAUUGCACCGCUGAAGGUCUGAGGUCUACAUUGCAGCUACAGGAAAUUUAUGGCUACCCCAAACUUAUUUCGUCGGACCGGCUGAAAGAUUCUGUCGAUUGUCUGCUCUUGAUGCAAAAUGACACGGGCGGUUUUAGUGAAUAUGAGAUUCGCCGAGGAUCGCCUAAACUCGAAUGGCUGAACGCAGCAGAGAUGUUUGGAGGCAUCAUGAUCAGUUAUGAUCAUGUCGAGUGCACCACCGCCUCUGUCACGGCAUUGUCGCUUUUCAGUAAAUUCCACCCGGAAUACCGAGCUGACGAGAUCAAAGCCGCCAAACACAAGGCUGUGGGGUACAUAAAACGCGCCCAGAAACCAGACGGUGGCUGGUAUGGAGCAUGGGGAAUUUGCUUCACAUAUGCAGCCAUGUUCGCCCUGGAAAGUCUCACUAGCAUCGGGGAGACGUAUACCUCUAGCGAAUACUCUCGUCGUGGGUGCGAGUUUCUGCUGUCCAAACAAAAGGAAGACGGCGGCUGGGGAGAGUCAUACCUCAGCAGCGUGAGACACAAAUACGUCCAGCACGAGAAGUCUCAGGUCGUCCAAACAGCUUGGGCUUGCUUGGCUUUGAUGGAAGCCCAGUAUCCCGACCCAGAGCCUAUCCGCAAAGGCAUCAAGCUCAUCAUGGCUCGACAGCAACUGAACGGAGAGUGGCUUCAAGAAGCGAUCGAGGGUGUUUUCAACAUGUCAUGCAUGAUUUCCUACCCCAACUAUAAACUGUACUGGCCUAUCCGCGCCUUGGGUCUCUCUUACAACUUGACCUUCCCCGCACCUCAAACCAAAAGUCCCACGAUGAACGCGGCCACAGAGGGCGACAAAGCCGCCGCAGUGUCCGACUGGACCGAAGCCAUCAAACAAUACACAAACGCCCUCAUCGAACUGCCUCGCGCCCCUGGAUAUUGGAUCAAACGCUCAACAGCCUAUUCUCGUCGCAAAAGCGAUGGUGGACCAGACUUCAACGCCGCGCUGCGGGACGCCGAGCUUGCUGUCGCACUGGGCCGUGAACGUGGGAAACGAGAGCUCAUCAUCGAAGCUCAGCUGCGUCGUGCCAUUGUCUUGUUUCAGUUGGAGCAAUAUGGGAAUUCGGGAUAUUUGUUCGACAUUCUUGCGGAAAAGCUUGGGCUGGGGAAACAAAAGCACGAAGACAAAUCCGCUCAGGUUCAGGCUGCGAUGACUCAGAAAGCGUCGCAGAAACAGGAGAAUGAGCUGUCUAUCUGGAAGAUCAAGGUCCAAGGAAAGAUCAACGAGCUAGAAAAGGGUGAUCAUAAACUUCUUGUGACCAUUAGCGAGUACCCAGAUAUCAAAAUUCCGUCAGAGCAAGAGCUCCGAAAGAGCCUCAAGGCCCAACUAACAGCCUCGACAACCUCGGGAAUUGUCGAAGAGCUACCAGACAGCACACCAACAACGGAGAAAACAAAGGAGACCAAGCUGGAUGUAGCCGGUCCAGGAUCAAGUGCGCCUUUCACGGCUGGUCCUGGCGCCCCUCCUGCUACUACACCCGCCGCACCCGCCGUGGCCAAGGUUCGUCAUGAGUGGUAUCAGUCACACGACUCUGUGGUUGUGACGGUGUAUGCAAAAAACGUGGUCAAGGACAAGUUGGAAACGGAGCUACAAGAAGACUCUUUGUCUCUCGAGUUCCCGGUGUCGACAGGGUCUACAUUUUCAUUCAACCUAGACCCUCUAUAUGCUCCCAUUGACCCCGCACAGUCAAAGGUCAAUGUUCUUUCGACGAAAAUCGAGGUCGUGCUUCGCAAACAAGUACUAGGGCAAAAGUGGGGAUCCCUGGAAGGGUCUGCAACAGCAACGAACAAACCUAUUGUUUCAACUCCGAUGACUCAGACUUCCCAAGCCAGCAGCGGGCCGUCAUAUCCCACCUCAUCCAAACACGGAGUCAAGAAUUGGGACAAAGUCGCAACAGACUUGACGAAGAAGACGAAAGAGAAAUCCAAGGAAGAAAAGGGCAAAAAGUCUGCUUCAAAGGACAAGGAUGGUGCUGAUCAGGAAGCCGGUUCCGACUCCGACGCCGAUUCGGAAUAUGGCGGUGGUGACCCUGUGGACUCGUUCUUCAAGAAGCUCUAUGCGAACGCAGACCCUGACACCCAACGCGCCAUGAUGAAAAGUUACUAUGAAAGCCAGGGAACUGCUCUGAGUACGAACUGGGAUGAAGUAGGAAAGGAUAAAGUGGCUGUUCAUCCGCCGUCGAGCGACUGA